CGGCGGGCACCGGCACCGCCCCGGCCAGACCGCGCCAUGCCCGGCUCCCUCUACCAGCCCGAGGGCGGGCAGCCCGGCCGCGGCCCCCCGCGCUGCCUGGCGCUGCUGAGCCCAGCGCCGCCCGCAGGGCAGGAGCCGCCCGAGCCCGAGCCCGGCCGGGAGGUGCCGGUGCCGCCGCCGCCGGCAGCAGCAGCAGCAGCAGCGCAGGGUGAAGCCGCCGCCCUGAGGUUCGCCCUGGAUCAGCUCUCGCUGCUGGGGCUGGAGGAGCCGGAGGCGGGCGGCGCGGGCACGGAGGAGGCGGCGGCGGGCGGAGGCGCGGGGCCGGGCGGCCUGCAGGCGCGGGAGCGCGGUGGUGGUGGUGGUGGCGGCUCCCCCCCGGCCACCGGUACCGCCUCCCCCCCGGCCGCCUUCGGUAACUUCGGGCCGCACCUCGCCGCGCCCGCCGCGCUGCUGGAGCCGCUGGGCGCCCUGGGGAGCAGGAAGAAGAGCGUGAACAUGACCGAGUGCGUGCCCGUGCCCAGCUCCGAACACGUCGCCGAGAUCGUGGGCCGCCAAGGCUGCAAAAUCAAAGCCCUCCGUGCCAAGACCAACACCUACAUCAAGACCCCGGUGAGGGGCGAGGAGCCCGUUUUCAUUGUGACGGGGAGGAAGGAGGACGUGGAGAUGGCGAAAAGAGAGAUCCUCUCGGCCGCCGAGCACUUCUCCAUGAUCCGAGCGACGCGCAACAAAGUGAAUGGGCUGACGGGGGCGAUGCAGGGCCCCCCCAACCUGCCGGGGCAGACCACCAUCCAGGUGAGGGUCCCGUACCGUGUGGUGGGGCUGGUGGUGGGGCCGAAGGGAGCCACCAUCAAGCGGAUCCAGCAGCAGACGCACACCUACAUUGUGACCCCCAGCCGGGACAAGGAGCCCGUCUUCGAGGUGACGGGCAUGCCGGAGAACGUGGACCGCGCUCGGGAGGAGAUCGAGGCGCACAUCACCAUGCGGACCGGCUCCUUCAUCGACGUCAACGCGGACAACGACUUCCAUUCCAACGGCACCGACGUCUGCCUCGACCUGCAGGGCAGCGCAGGCAGCCUCUGGGCCAAGGCCCCCCACCCUGCCCACCGCCCCCCAGCCACCCUGCGCAACGACAGCCUCAGCUCCCUGGGCAGCGCCUCCACCGAGUCCUACUACAGCGGGCGGGUGGCGGACGCCAGCCCCACCAGCCCCUACAGCACCAGCAGCGGCUUCACCUUCAGCGAGCCCGCGCUGGGCUCGGAGGAAUGCGACUUUGGCUUUGACUUCUUGGCUCUCGACCUCACGACGCCCACCACCACCACCACCAUCUGGUCGCCCUUCGAGCGCUCGGGCAACCCCUUGCAAGCCUUCAGCAGCUGCUCGUCCAUCAACGGCUCUCAGAGACGCAACAGCGGCGCCGCCACGCCGCGCCACUCGCCCACCCUCCCCGAGAGCGGUGCCGCGGGGCUGGACCACCCUUUAGCCCGGCGCAUCCAGAGCGACCCCGUCAGCACCUUGUCCUGGCUGCCCACGCAAGGCUCGCUGUCGUCCUUCUCCAACAGCACCGGUUACUCCUCUUCUUCCUCCCUGCCCGGCAGCAUCUCCGCCGCCUCGGGCUCGCCCACCGACUCCAGCAGCUCCGACGGGCACCGCAAGAGCUCCCGGGAGUGCAUGGUGUGCUUCGAGAGCGAGGUGAUCGCCGCCCUCGUGCCCUGCGGCCACAACCUCUUCUGCAUGGAGUGCGCCAUGCGCAUCUGCGGCAAGGCUGAGCCCGAGUGCCCCGCGUGCCACACGCCCGCCACGCAAGCCAUCCACAUCUUCUCCUAGCCGGGGCUGGCUCGUUUCCCCCCUGACCCCCACCACCAC